AUGACACACAACUGCGUUGUCAGACCGGAUUCUAGUAUCGUAGAUGUUGAAAUUUUCUCUACCUGUAAUUGGACAGUAUUUUUAUACCAUUACAACAAUUUUACUGUAAACAAAAAUUAAACCACCGAGGAUAAGAUAAUGAGUAAUAGAUCUCAGAUAUCAUACAUAAAUAAUCCGUCAGUUGAUUGAUAAAUUCAAUUACUGAUAAAUCACUCAUUUUAAAAAACAUUAUUUUUAUUUAUUUUUUAUCAUCAACGUCAAAUUUCAUUGAACAAAAAUUGAUGAAGCUGAUGGAACCCCUGGGUAUUGCCCCCGAAACCGUAGAAUUACGUACGUUAACACGAUGGUCAGAAGUACCAGUCCAACAUCGUUACACAGAUUAUUCAAAUUCAUUGGGAGAAGAAGCGAAUCAUUUUACGGAUUCUCCUUUUCCCUGUCAAAAUUCAAUAAAUCGCAAGAUUGCAUUAUGGACUGGUGAUAUAUCAGUGUUACAAGUUGACGCGGUGGUAAAUCCUACCAAUGAAACUAUGAAUGACAAUAGUCCUACGUGCCAAAAAAUAUUUUCACGAGCUGGCCCAGCGCUUAAUAUUGAAAUUGAUAAUGACAUUAAAGAAUGUAAAACGGGUGAAGUAAGAGUUAGUCAAGCUCAUAAUUUACCUGCGCGUUAUAUUAUUCAUACAGUUGGGCCAAUUUAUCAUGUAAAAUAUCAAACUGCAGCUCAAAAUACCCUUCAUUGUUGUUAUAGAAAUGUUUUGCAAAAAGCUAGAGAAAUGGGACUACGUACAAUUGCAUUACCUGUGAUCAAUUCAGUUCGUCGUAAUUAUCCACCCGAUGCUGGAGCACAUGUUGCACUUCGUACAAUACGUCGUUUUUUAGAACAAUAUAAUGACUCAAUUGUCUGCAUUGUUCUUGUUCUUGAGCCUUGUGAUCUGGGUAUUUAUCAAAUUCUUCUGCCACUUUAUUUCCCGCGUAAUUAUGAAGAACAAGAUAAUGCUUGUUGGCAAUUACCAAGUGAUAUUGGAGGUCCCGAUGGUGAACCAUUAUUGCCUGAUCGACAAAUUCGUAUAAUAGAUAAUCCUCAACAUACACUCCACAGUGAUGAAACUAUUGAAUUGUCAAGUCAGCUGGAUACAUCAUUGAGUCUUGGUGAGCAUGCAUUUACCCAGAUGCAUGGAGAUUUAGAUAGACAAAGGCUUCUUGGAGAACGACCACUUACUGAUCCUAUUGCUGAUAUUAUGAUCAAGCAGAUGCAGCAAAAAGAAAGGUAUGAAAGAUUGCUGAGACGAGCAAAAACGGAAGAUCUAACGGAAGUCUCAGGGAUUGGGUGCCUUUAUCAGAGUGGUGUUGAUAGACAAGGAAGGCCAGUUGUCAUUUUUGUUGGUAAAUGGUUUCCAGCAACAAAAAUAAAUUUAGAUAAGGCCUUACUAUAUUUGAUACAGCUUUUAGAUCCCAUUGUCAAAGGUGACUACGUCAUAGCCUACUUUCAUACUCUUACAACCAAUAACAAUUACCCCAGUUUUCGUUGGUUACGUGAAGUAUACGAUGUGCUUCCUUACAAAUAUAAAAAAAAUCUCAAACAUUUCUACAUCAUCCAUCCUACUUUUUGGACCAAGAUGAUGACCUGGUGGUUUACAACAUUCAUGGCACCAGCAAUUAAACAAAAAGUUCACAAUUUACCUGGUGUUGAAUAUUUAUACGAAGUAAUGUCUCCAGAUCAAUUGGAAAUUCCGGCUUACAUUACGGAAUACGAUAUGACGAUCAACGGUAUGAGGUAUUAUCAACCCAAUCAAUCACCAGAUUCAUUAACGUAAUUACAAGACAUCAGUGUGCAUUUUUUUCUUUAAUUCAUCAAAAAAGAAAAAUUAGAAGAAAAAAAAUAAUAAAUUGGCAACUGUUUGUAUAUCGUCGCCUUUGCACACGCUAGCCUUACCCCCAGUUAUUUGUUUAUUAGAUGAAUACUGGGAAUCCUAUGCCCAAAUGAAAAAGUAUAACGAUCGUAAAAAAAAAGAGUGUGAGCUCAAAAAAUAGUAGUUUGAAAAAAAAGGAAAGUUAUAUAUAUACAUUAGGGUGGGCCAACGAAAAAAACUAAUGCAAGGAUACAUUUUUGUAGGAAAUUAAACGCCCUACAAAAAAAGUCUCUUAUCAUUUUUUGAUAAAUCCAUCUGUUCAAAAGUUAUUGCGGUUCGAAGUCAAAUUUCUAGUAAAUUUUGAGAUCUUUUUACUUUUCCAGCGAAACUAUCAGACUUAUCACAAAAUGUCAUAGGACCUUUUUUGUAGACAAUUUUAUUCCCUACACAUUAUUUCUCAUAAAGUUUUUUCGAAUUCCGCAUUUUUUUCUAUUUAUUUCCAUUUUAAUGUCCAGCUCUUUUUUUUAAGACUUUGACUAAAGAAAAAAAGAAUUAAUUUUUUUUUUGGCCCACCCUAAUAUACAUACAUAUAUGUAUAAAAAAAAAUAAAAAUAGUUAUUAUGAAGUACAAUAGAUUAUUGAAAGCCGAAAGCAGUUAAAUAUGAAAAAAGUGUGAAAUUUUUAAUCUAUAUAUGACGAAAAUAAUAUACUUGCAACUGUUGAACAAAAAAAAACGAAAUAACUGCCAAGCAACAUCAGAAAUCAGUAUUUAUAGCAUCGCGCGAAACCUUUUAUUAUUUUUCAAAUAGAAUAAUUAUAAAUAAUUCCGACGUUUAUUUAAAAUAUAAAUUAGAUCCGAAAGUAGUAAGCGUGCGUAUUAAAUAAUCGCUAAAUCUUAAUGCGAUAAAUUUUGUCAAAUAGAUUUUAUUGAGAGUGAAUAAUAAAAAUAAUAAAUAUUUUAAUAUUUAAUUUUGUUAUCUAGUAACUGUCUUACUUUAUUAUCGUCAGUAUUUUUAUAAAAAUUGAAUAUUAAAAUAUUUAUUAAUUAAAAUUUAUGAGAUUGAUGGUAUAAAUUAUAGAGUUAUUAGAUUGUUAGACAGUUGAUACUGAGUUUUAAAAUCCUGAAGUGGUUGUUGUUAUAGAAUCAAAUACAAUUUAUUGUAAAUUAUUACUAUUUUACUAAUUGAUCUUUGCUAAUAAUAGUGUAUAUGUUAAAUCUUGCACGCAUUAUAUACGAUAAAAAAAAAAAUAAUGAACCCUGAAAGGAUUUGUAAAAACUGGCUUGAAUGUUUACGUGACUAUAUGUGCUAUUAUUAUUAGUGUUAUUACCAUAAUUAUAAUAAUUAUUUUAUAUUUUGAGUGAGAGUUAAUCCGAGUUUAUUAAAAAUGAAAUGAUUACAAUUAUAGGCUUAAUUAAUUAGUAUAUUAUUAAGUGAAGCAAUAAGAUGUAAAGAGCUUGAGCUACUCUUUAAUUUUAGACGCUGCGUCGUUGUUGACAAUUUUUGACGAAAAAAAAACUAUACAUAUAAACAAAAUGAAAAAUAAAUUUAAAAAAUUUAGAGUUAAUUGAUAAUUCCGUUUUUAUUUUUAUGGGUUGAUUAAAUGACUAUUUAUUUAAGUCAUCAAUCAUUGUAAAGAAAAUUAAUUAUUUAAUUUAGUAUGAGAUAUAAAUAUCAAUAAUUAAAAAAAUACGGUCCGCAUCACUUGGAUAGCCUCACCUAUUUUUUUUCAAUAACUGAUUCUUUACUUGCUGAGAUAUAAAAUUAUCUGAAUAUUUUGUAUUACUUAUUUAAGACAGAACAAGAUAUGUUAUUAGUGUUCGAGAAACAAAGCGAGGAUAUUGUGAAGGGGACAUGCCACUGGUUGGCAGUUCGUCACAUGGAUACCCUCAGUCAAAUUUAUUGCGCAAAGGAACUAAUACGUUUCAUUUUCGUAUUAUUAUGUUGUAAUUUUAUACCGUGGUGAAUAAAUUAAAAUCGAUUUAAAACACCAAAAUUGGUUACUGUAUAAAAUGGGGCGCAAUAAAAUGUUAAGUAUUGAAGAAAUUAAUAAAAUUAAUUUUUUACUUAAUCAAAAUUUAUCUCAUCAUGAAAUCGCUAGAAGAGUGAAUAGAAGUGCUAAAGUUAUUAAUACUUUCGUGAAAAACAAUGAAAACUACGGAAAAAAUUAUAAAGGUCGAACGAAAUUUGCAACAACGCCAAGGAAACGUCGAAUGAUAAUUCGCGCGGCAUCUAAUUCCAUUAAGACUGUGAGGCAAAUAGCGGGAGAAGGAACAGCAGCAUCUAUUUCAAUUAUAACAAGAGUGAUAAGACGGCCAAAGCAUCUAAAGAGAAUGAAAUUGAAGAAAAAAUCGGCUUUGAAUCGAAAACACACAUCUUUUAUUUGUAAAAGAACAUAUGAGUUGGAUAGAUAAAUGGCUACAAGUAAUUUUUUCAGAUGAAAUAAAAUUUAAUUUAGAUGAGCCUGAU